AUGGAAGCUGCAACGGACGUCGCCUGCAUCAGAAGACUGCUGGGAAUGGUGAAUCAUCUUGCCAGGUUCUUGCCACACAUCUCGGACGUCACAGCUCCCAUCAGAGCCUUACUGAACAAGUCUGCGAGUUGGGUGUGGCAGCACGAGCAAAAGGCAGCAUUCGAGAAAAUCAAGGAACUCUUGACGUCAGACAGGUGCAUGGCCAAGUACCACCCAUCGUUCGCCACUACGGUGUCUGCAGACGCAAGCUCACUCGGACUCGGCGCAGUUUUGCUACAGACGCAACCCUCAGGAGAGCGCCGCCCAGUCGUGUUCGCUUCGAGGUCAAUGACCGAGACCGAGCAGCGUUGCAGCCAGGCUGAAAAAGAAGCAUUGGCAACGACGUGGGCUAUCCAAAGGUUCGACGAGUUCGUCCGUGGCAUCCCUUUCGACGUCGAGAGUGACCACCUGCCACUCGUUUCACUUCUGGGCAAGAUGGAACUGGACGUGUUGCCGCCUCGUAUUCAGAGGCUACGGCUGAAGACUACGCGAUACCAGUUCCGUAUGCUCCACGUGCCAGGAAAGCUGCUAGCCACAGCUGAUACGUUGUCGCGCAUCACCUACAAGCCACCCACUCCUCUGGACACUAUCGAACUUUUUGCAGCACAGGUAGUCGGCUGCACGUCGGAAGUCUUGCCACCCAGCCCUAAAGACGUGCGACAGGCACAACAGUACGAUGGCGAGUGCAAGGCCAUCGCUUCCUACUGCCAGCAUGGUUGGCCACAAAAGACCAAGAUACCACUGCACCUCUCAAAGUACGCCUCGGUGGCAGACGAGCUCUCUGUCUGCGACGGUGUUCUGCUGAAAGGCGUCCGGAUAGUCAUCCCAUCGUCCCUUCGGCCAGCGGUCUUGAUGCUGUUGCAUGAAGGUCAUCAGAGCAUCAACAGGACCAAAGCCCUAGCUCGGGACCCCCUGCUCUCCACGGCCCUACCUGGACAUCCCUGGGAAUUCCUUGGAAUGGACUUGUUCCACCUCAACGGCCAGACGUUCAUCCUGGUGUUGGACUAUUACUCAAGGUUCCCUGAGGUGGUGACCCUGAGGAGCACGACAGCUCAGGCAGUCAUUGACGUUGUCAAAUCCAUCUUUCCCGCCAUGGAAUCCCGCAAGAAGUCAGCAUCAUACGGCUUUAACCACAAGACCAGCAGUCCACACUACGCUCAAUCGAACGGAGAGGUGGAGAGGAUGGUGCGUACUAUCAAGGACCUGUUUCGCAAGUCAAAGGAUCCUUAUCUGGCUUUGCUCAGCUAUCGGGAGGCUCCAGGAGUAGACGGCUUUAGUCCAGCCCAGCUGUUGAUGGACGUCAACUCAGAACGAGAGUCCCAAAGCAAGUCUCCCAGCUACGCCCCAACUGGCCUCCAACGAUAUGGCUUACAAGCAGAAGCAGACCGAUAA